UCAAUUGGCUAUGUCGUAAAGCCAAAAUCCUGUUACUGUAGAGCAUUUUCAUGGUCAAAGGUAUGAGGUUGUGAUGUAUGAAAUUCAGUAAUAUGAAACCGAGCUGAAAAGGAAGAGACAUGUAUGGUCAGUGGUCACACUGGUGAGGCAAAAAGAAACUGAAACUGAAACUGGCUGUCUUUAAGCAUUGACUCGGGGAGUACAAAUAUUCAAAGCUAGAAGAAGCAUAAACUUAGAUGAUGAUCAUUCACAGCAAAAACUGAUUAUGCCCAUUUCGUCACAGCCUGUAUGAGGUCCUUCAAACUUUUAGACAAAGAAACCGACAAUUUUAACAUGACUAAUAAUUCCAAGUUUCCAACCAUCCCAUGUGGCUCCCUCCUCCUUUCACUGAAAUCUGUGCUUGCUUAGUCACUCUGCUCUUUUUCUCUGCCCCCUCUUUUUCUGGUUGUGACUCCCAGUUGAAGGUACUGUCCCAACAAAAAUCUAGAGCAGUGCAUUCCGUGAGUCUGGUUUUCAGCAUGUGGGAAUCCGAGAGUGAGUCAGCGACAGGACACAAAUAUGGGGGUGGACUUCUCACUUCAAGUAACCAUGGUGUCAAGACUGAAGGAUUUGUACAAAGAGGCAACUCUUGGUAUGUUGCGACUGAUAUUCCAAGUGACUUUCUUGUUCAAAUUGAAGAAGCUAGCUUCCACUUGCACAAGUAUCCCUUGGUAUCUCGGAGUGGAAAGCUGAGUAGAAUCAUAUAUGAAACGCACGAUCCAGAUUUGAAUAAAAUAGUUUUGGAUGAUAUCCCUGGUGGGGCAGAGGCUUUUGAGCUUGCGGCCAAAUUCUGCUAUGGAGUCGCUGUUGAUUUAACAGCAGGCAACAUCUCAGGGCUAAGAUGUGCUGCAGAGUACCUAGAAAUGAGCGAGGACUUGGAAGAAGGGAAUCUUAUAUUCAAGGCAGAAGCGUUCCUAAGCUAUGUUGUUUUGUCUUCAUGGAGAGACUCCAUAGUAGUGUUGAAAAGCUGUGAGAAGCUGUCACCAUGGGCAGAGAACCUUCAAAUUGUUCGCAGAUGCAGCGAGUCCAUUGCUUGGAAAGCUUGUGCUAAUCCCAAAGGGAUAAGGUGGUCCUACACCGGAAGACCAGCGAAAAUUUCCAGCCCAACAUGGAAUGACAUGAAGGAAUCCAGCCCAAGUAGGAACCAGCAGGUUCCUCCUGAUUGGUGGUUUGAAGAUGCCUCAAUCCUUAGGAUUGAUCACUUUGUCAGAGUCAUCACUGCCAUUAAGGUAAAGGGCAUGAGAUUUGAAUUGGUCGGUGCUGCAAUAAUGCAUUAUGCAACUAAGUGGCUACCAGGAUUGAUCAGUGACACAUCAAUCCCAGGUGAUGAAGCAAGCAACUGCAGUGUGAGUAACAGCAGUAGUAGUGGUGGCAGUAAUUGGAAAGGGGGACUUCAUAUGGUUGUGACUGGAACAAAAGAUGACAGUUUAAGUGUUCAAGCUAAAGAACAAAGGAUGAUCAUCGAGAGCCUUGUCAGCAUUAUUCCACCUCAGAAGGACAGUGUCUCGUGCAGUUUUCUUCUUAGGCUCCUGAGAAUGGCAAUCAUGUUAAAGGUUGCACCUGCACUGGUUACUGAAUUAGAGAAAAGGGUUGGAAUGCAGUUUGAACAGGCUACACUGGCUGAUCUUCUAAUUCCUUCUUAUAGUAAAGGAGAAACUAUGUAUGACGUUGAUCUUGUUCAGAGGCUGCUAGAACAUUUUAUUGUUCAGGAACAGACUGAAAGUUCUAGCCCCAGCAGACAGUCAUUUUCUGAUAAACAACAUAUGGGAAUGGGAUGCAUCCUAAAUGCUAAGGCAAGAGUGGCAAGGCUUGUUGACAGUUAUCUCACAGAGGUAUCCAGAGAUAGGAACCUUUCCCUGACCAAGUUUCAGGUACUUGCAGAAGCUUUGCCUGAGUCAGCUAGGACAUGUGAUGAUGGACUUUACAGAGCAAUUGAUUCAUAUCUCAAGGCACAUCCAACACUUUCUGAGCAUGAGAGGAAGCGACUAUGCCGUGUAAUGGACUGUCAGAAACUCUCCAUUGAUGCAUGUCUGCAUGCUGCUCAAAAUGAAAGGCUUCCAUUAAGGGUUGUAGUGCAAGUUCUAUUCGCGGAACAGGUCAAGAUAAGCAAUGCACUGGCCACGAGUUCUGUGAAAGAUGUUGAAUCAGAGAGCCAUGCAAUGGUAACAAACCGGAAAACACUUCUAGAAGGGACACCACAAUCAUUCCAAGAAGGAUGGACGGCUGCUAAAAAAGACAUCAACACACUGAAGUUUGAGCUUGAGAGUGUGAAAGCCAAGUACAUGGAGCUUCAAAAUGAUAUGGCCAGUUUGCAGAAACAAUUUGAUAAGAUGCUAAAGCAGAAGCACACUUCUGCAUGGAGCAGUGGGUGGAAGAAACUCAGCAAACUUGGAAGGACGACAAAUGUAGUAGAAAAUCAGGAUGAUUCUCCUAACAUUCCAGAUUCCAUAGAACACAACAGAAAGACUGCUAGAAGGUGGAGGAGAAACUCGAUAUCCUGAUUCCUGAAAUAUCAGAAUUCUCAAUUUAUUUUAAACUCAUUCUUCUUCCCUCUUCAUAUCUCAUACCAAUUUCUACAAUAUCCUAGCUAAAUUGUAAUUUGUCAUCAAAGCUAAUCAUAUCUUUCAAGUGUGAA